AUGAAGAGGGCGGCUGUAUUCGCAGCUGUGGUACUGGUGUCUGCACUAAGCGCCGCGGCAGUUCGUUGCCCGGUGUGUGUGAAGAAGGCCUGUCCGCCCACACCGACAUGUCGGGGGGAGGUCGUCAAGGAUGCGUGCGGCUGUUGUGACACGUGCGCAAAGAUGGAGGGAGAGAGAUGCGGAGGACUCGGGGAUACUGCUGGGACAUGCUCGUCCGGACUGACGUGUGUUAAGAAACGAUCUACGAACAGUUGGUUGAGAACAUUUGCGAUGGGAACCUGCGAAGCAAGUUGCCGUGUGGGAGAUGGGGCGUCCUAUCGAGGAACCGUCUCUGUGACAGCAACAGGCAUGACAUGUCAACGCUGGGACAGUCAGACACCUCAUAGACACACCAUGACACCCGCUAAGUACCCAUCACUGGAGCAGAACUACUGCCGGAAUCCGGACGGCGAGUCAGGAGUUUGGUGCUACACCACGGACCCCAGCGUCAGAUGGGGGUAUUGUAACGUACCGCCGUGUGCAAGUUGCCGUGUGGGAGAUGGGGCGUCCUACCGAGGAACCGUCUCUGUGACAGCAACAGGCAAGACAUGUCAACGCUGGGACAGUCAGACUCCUCAUAGACACACCAUAACACCCGCUAAGUACCCAUCACUGGAGCAGAACUACUGCCGGAAUCCGGACGGCGAGUCAGGAGUUUGGUGCUACACCACGGACCCCAGCGUCAGAUGGGGGUAUUGUAACGUACCGCCGUGUGCAAGUUGCCGUGUGGGAGAUGGGGCGUCCUACCGAGGAACCGUCUCUGUGACAGCAACAGGCGCGGCAUGUCAACGCUGGGACAGUCAGACUCCUCAUAGACACACCAUGACACCCGCUAAGUACCCAUCACUGGAGCAGAACUACUGCCGGAAUCCGGACGGCGAGUCAGGAGUUUGGUGCUACACCACGGACCCCAGCGUCAGAUGGGGGUAUUGUAACGUACCACCGUGUGAGGCAAACUGCCCCGCCCACAGCCACUGGUCACAGCACGGUUCAGCCUGCCGGCCAUCCUGCGACGACCCUUCUCCGAGGUGCACCAAGGGCACCAGGACGAACGUACCCGGAUGUCACUGUGAGACAGGACAUGUGUGGGAGGGCGAUGUGUGUGUUCCCCUCACAGACUGCCCGGCUAGGAGCUGUCAACAAGGUGGCAAAACGUACCAACUCGGUGAGACCUGGGCCCGGCAGGACGCUCCCGGUACCACGUGCAGCUGCUCACAAAACGGAACAGUCCACUGUGAGCAGAAGAAGUGUCCACAUGGGGAGCUGAUCGGGGAGGACGGGAGCUGGGAGAGUGUAGCUCCAGGCGUGCCUUCUUGUGUGAACACGACCCGUUCGAAACCAGUCGCGAGGACUGAUUCCAACUUGUACAAUGUCAAUGAAAAGUAA